AUGGCAGAAAUGAUCCUUCUCUUCCUAUCAGUGGUCACCCUGCUAAGCUUUCCGACUACAGAGGCCGACUACCUCUUCCAUAUGUGCCCCAACACCACCGUCUUUACCCGAAACUCUACCUUCCAAUCCAACCGAAACCACCUCCUCUCCACUCUCUCCUCCAACUCCACACGUACCACCGGCUUCUACAACGCCACCGCCGGCCGUUCCCCAAGCGACACCGUCUACGGGAUGUUACUCUGCCGCGGUGACGUCACCACCGCCGGUUGCAAAACCUGCGUGACCACUGCUACCUCGGACACCGUGCAGCGCUGCCCGGUCGAGAAAGAGGUUAUGAUGUGGUACGUCGACUGCAUGAUCCGGUACUCCAACAAGUCCUUGGGAGACUCUGCAGCUGAUGGAGAACAGUGGCCGGCGCUCGGAGAGCAGGCGUUUACCAGAACUUGCCCAAAAAUAGAGGCAACAAAGACUAUUUGA